AUGCACAACAUGAAUCAAACUGUCGAGUUCGUGCACGCUGCCAUGAGUAGUGUCGAUGCUAGUCGUCCGAACGAACAGGAGCCGCUGCUGCGCCACAGCCUGGCCAGCUAUGCGACCGUCGCAUUCUCGAUCUUGGUCUUGUACGCCGUGACGUCUGUCGUCCGCCAGUAUGCGCGUCUGCGGCACGUACAGGGCCCGCCCGGCGCGGGGUUCUCAAAGUGGUGGCUCGUCCGGACCGUGUACGGCGGCCGCCAGCAUCUCGACUUUUACGAUGCGUUCCUCAAGUACGGAUCGCUUGUGCGGGUUGGGCCGAAUGAUCUCAUGACCAGCGACCCGGAGCUGUGGAAGCGCAUGUUGGGCGUGCGCACGACUUACAAGCGGUCGAGAUGGUACGACGCCAUGAGGCUUGACCCCGGCAAGGACAACGUCUUGUCUGUGAGGGACAAUGAGUUGCACUCCAAGCUGAGGGCGCAGAUGGCUGCCGGUUACUCCGGAAAGGAAGUCGACAACUUCGAGUCCAAGAUCAACGAGAACAUCCUGCGCUUCAUGGACCUCAUCGACAAGUACGUGUCGGAGAACACGCCCUUCGACUUUGGCCUCAAGGCCCAGUACUUCACCCUCGACGUCAUCUCCGACCUGGCCUUUGGCGAACCCUUCGGAGAUUUGGCGAGCGACUCGGAUGUGCACGAGUACAUCCACACCAUGGAGCAUAACAUGCCCAACGUGGUGUUGACCGCCGUCCUGCCUUGGUUGUUGUCGCUUAUGUCGUCGCCGCUCUUCAGGAGCAUGUUGCCCUCUGAGAAGGACGCUAUUGGUGUUGGCAAGACUAUUGGAAUUGCCAAAAAGGUUGUCGCCGAGCGAUUCGGACCAGAAAAGAAGACGCAGAGAGACAUGCUCGGCUCCUUCAUCGCCCACGGUCUCAGCCAAGAAGAAGCUUCCUCAGAGAUCCUCAUGCAGAUUCUCGCCGGCUCCGACACAACAGCGACCGCCAUCCGCGGCACCUUCCUGCACCUCAUCACCAGCCCCAGCGUCGUCGCCACCCUGCGCGCCGAGAUCGAAGCCACCAAGCCCUCGCUGCCCAUCAUCACCGAAUCCGAGGCCCGCGAGAUGCCCUACCUGGCCGCCGUCAUCAAGGAAGGCCUGCGCAUCUUCCCGCCCGUCGUCGGCCAGAUGUCCAAGGAGGUGCCCAAGGGCGGCGACACGUGGAAGGGCGUGUACCUGCCGGAGGGCACGCGGAUCGGGUACGGCGCGUGGGGCAUGUUUCACCGGACCGAUGUGUGGGGCCCCGAUGCCCUCGAGUUCCGGCCCGAGCGCUGGCUGGAGGCGGACCCGGACCGGUUGAAGCAGAUGGAGGGCACCCUGGAGCUGGUGUUUGGGUACGGCAAGUGGAAGUGCCUGGGCCGCGACGUGGCUUUGAUGGAGUUGAGGAAGAUCUUUGUCGAGCUUCUGAGGAGAUACGACUGGAAGCUGGUCGACCCGACCAACCCGUGGAACUCCCGCAACUACGGCAUCUUCGUCCAGAACGAGUUCUGGCUUAGAGGGUACAAGCGCGAUUUUCAGACGGAAGAGCAGUAG